UGUCAGUUGAUUAGAGACGAUUGACAGACAGUGUGAAUCAAACCAGUUUAGUUCUAUGAAAAAUUAUAUAUAUUUUUUUUAAAUUGUAUUUUAGUUAAAAACAUAAAAUUAGAAAAUGGUGGUAUGGCCUCGUCUGUCUUUUGUAAUCGGAUCUACUAGUGGAUUAGCCGCUUAUCUUUAUAAUAAAAUAUCUGAUGAGAGAAAUGUUCAUAAUUCUUGGACAAAUACAGACCGUUUAGUUCCUGAUUGUGCAAAAUGGGAUCAUAAUUGGGACUGUCGGGAACCACGCAGUAUUGUUCGGCCGCCAAAAAGUAUUCUUGACUUAAGUCCUGAAGAAGAAAAUGCUUACAACAAGAAAUUGGAUAGUGUUCGUCCAAAAAUAACUCGUCAUAUUUUUCUUAUUCGACAUGGGGAAUAUCUCGAUAUUGGCGAAUCGGACCUGGAUAAGCAUUUAACAGAAGUUGGCAGGAAGCAAGCGAAAUAUACAGGGGAAAGAUUGAAAUCUUUAAAUAUUAAGUGGGAUCGUAUUAUCUCUUCAACAAUGACAAGAGCACAAGAAACUGCACAAAUUGUCACUAAAGCGUUAGGAGUACCGAUAACUGAUCAUUGCAAUUUAAUUAGAGAAGGGGCUCCUAUUCCACCAGAGCCACCCGUUGGACAUUGGAAACCAGAAGCAUCGCAGUUCUUUUGCGACAGUGCCCGAAUAGAAGCUGGAUUUAGGCGAUAUUUUCAUAGAGCGGAUGUUAAAGAACAACAUGAUACAUACACUUUGAUUAUAGGACAUGGGAAUGUUAUUAGAUAUUUUGUGUGCAGAGCCUUACAGUUUCCCCCAGAGGCAUGGCUAAGAAUUAGCUUAAAUCACGGGUCUAUUACAUGGAUUUCUAUUUUACCAUCAGGUCGAGUAACUUUGAGAAACUUAGGAGAUUCUGGUCAUAUACCAGCAGACUUAGUUACACAUAAGCUGCCUCAAAUUAAAGGAUCAAAGCUAUAAAAACUGAGUCUUCCAAUUAUAUAACACGAUAUUCGUUAUCCGUUUUAUAAGAACCACGUCCAUUUCCAAAAAGCAAGUUAAUGAUAUUUUAAAUAGAAAAUAUGCAAAUAUCCACUGCGAAUUUUUUUUAAUAAAUUGAAAAGAUAAAAAGUACUAAGAUGUUUUUCGCAUCUUUAGAAAAAUAUAAUAAAGAAUAC